AUGGCAGACCAAGAUGAUCUUGACAUCUUAGCUAGUCUAGCAGAUAGCGAUUUCGAAUUUCAAGAUGACGAUUACCUCGGCGAAGCGCUUUCAUCGUCCAACGCUUCUCCGAAAUCGACCGCAUCGGUUUCUAGUUCCAAAUCCCAACAACAUCAAAAACAAGGUCAUGGCGGGGACCAGGUUCAUGUUAAGUCCAUAACAACACCGCACUCAUCUGUGGAAGAAAUGGCAGGUCAGUUGGCUGCAUGCUUUAGUCAUAAUCCACUCCUAGUUAUCGUAGAUAUCGCAUAUCGCUGUCUAUCUAAUUUAUCAAAAAUUUUAACGCCCUUGUCAUUUUCUGCAGGUAAAUGAAUUGAUAUAAGCUUACCUCCCCUCUUACGACUGGCUUGCUGUAGAUUUGUAUAAACAAGAACGCUCGUACAGCGGCGUCCAGUCUCGCUUGCUUGGAGAUUAGAUCGAGAAAUGAGGAGACGACUAAUUGUACAUGUUGCGUAUUCUUCGGCAUAAUUACUUUUUAUUUGUUUCUGAAUUGAUUUAGUAUGGGUGUUAGUGACGACCUGAAAUACGUGUGCUGUCACAGGCUAUAUGCGUGUAUAAAUACACAAAAAUUAAAGGGCCUUGAUUCCAAAGAAAUUACAUCAUUGCCAGAGAUCAAAAAAGUGAUUUACAUGGCAAGUCAUUUCAAUCAUCGCCGAAAAUGAACCGUAUGCUCAUCACAAGAGCCAUUUGCAUACAAUGAAAGUUUCCUUUCUUCACGCCACGAUUCUUAUUCCCAGUUUCCUUGGUCUCUGCUAGGAACGCUUGGCACAAUGACCCCCUUUUGUGUCCUAAAUACGAAGAUAAACGCAUUGCAGAUUAGAAGCCUCGCUGAUUAUGCAAAUGAGACUACUAAUGUAUAUGUUGUAGUUAAUUUUUUAUUGUAGAUAAUUUUUAUUUUUCCAUUGUUUUUGGUAUGGUAAUAUAUGCUAAUGAAUUUGAAACAAAGGAAAAACAACAAUUACCUGAUUAAUUGCAACCUAUACAGGUCCUUUCUGUUAUAAUAUCUUAAGUGCCAGGGUUUAUUUGUUUCAAAACGCCUACCCAUUUGGAAAAAAAUAUACUUUCCAAUAAAUUUUCUGGUUUUAAAACACCUUCCCCUAAUAUUAAUGCUAUAUUUUGUAGUUUAUUUAUUUGUAUAUUUUUUUUUUUGUAGCGCAAAUAGCAGCCUUGCAGGAGCAGGUCAGAUUUCUUCAGUCAGCGCAAGCUUGUAUCCUUCACAUAAGUGUAUUUUGUGAACAGUCUAACCUCUCCUUACAGACACCUCUAUAAUACGGACACCUAUCCAUUACGGACAGUUUGUUUGGUCCCAGAAAUGCCAAAAAUUGUACAUUCCCUUCCUCUAUAGUACGGACACUUCUGUAGAGCGGACACUUGGUUCUGUUCCUUUGGUGUCCGUUUUAAAGAGUUUUGACCGAACAAUCUUUGUGAAAUCAACUAGGGGCUAAAUUCAGAAGAAAAACUUAAUUUGGGUCUGAUUUCACAAAGGUACACUGUACUUGUAUUGCUGGGAUGUACAAGCUCAUGUUGUGACAGGUUAUUAUUAUUUUUACUGAUCUGGAGAGAAACUAAACAUUUUAUUCUUAUCACGAUUCUUAAGUACAGUCAAAACUCUCUUAAGCAACCAACAAGAAGGGAUAAAAGAAGAUACAAGGGAUACCAUAAACAAUGGCUUAUAAGCACCCCCCCUCCACCCCCAGUUAAACAAUGUAGGCCCAUAUACCUGUAAACAAAAAAAUACUUCCAGUGAUAAGCCUCCCUUUAGCUUGUAUUGAAGUUACAUCGUAAUAAUAUUUGAUCCUUUAAGAUGCUUUGAAGCUUUAAAAAAGCAACUGUAAAUUCAUAACGUAUUUUGAUCAGCCCCACUACAGUGGGUGUAUGUAGCUUGUUUUGAAAUGCCUUCUCAGCCCAGUUAUAAGCCCCCCCCUCCUCCCCUCAUAUAAGCCCCUCUGUUUAUAAGCCCUCCUAAACCCCUUUACAAAGUUUUGUAAUCCGUGAGAUUAUAAGUGGAAGUUUACUGUAUUUCAUUUGGAUUUGAGCAAGUUGAACUAUACUGGUGUAGUAUUAAAGAACACAAAUUUAUGCUUCCCUGACUAGUUUUACUAACACAGCAGCUCAGCAACAGACAUCAGGUAAUGAUCAGAAGGGACCAGACUUCCCCAAGGAAUCUAAUCUGCCUGAUGAUACACAAGCUCGUGGGAGCCACAACUCAAAUAAACAGACAAGUCCAUCAGCUUUAUUUUCUAAAGAUAAGAAAAGGGUUGCUCAUACACCUGCACAAUCCAGAAAUCAGCCAGGUAGUACAGAUGUAGACAACAAAAUAAUAAUAGUAAUAAUAAUAAUAAUAAUAAUAAUAAUAAUAAUAACUAAAAAGGGCAAGAAGGAGAAAAAAAAUGUAUAAUUGUAGACACAGCUAUUCCUGGGGAAAUUUGGAAACAUGAAAAGGAAUUUGAAAAAAUCGAAAAAUAUCAGGUUUUGAAAUGGAAGAUUAGAAGAAUGUGGGGUAUAAAAGACACGGAUGUAGAACCGGUUGUUGUAGGGACCCUUAUCAUGACAGCCAAGGGGUAGGGAUGACCUGUUUUCAGAAAUUAAUCCCAAGCUAUAUAAAGCCAUGCUAUAAGGACAAUAAUAAUUCAAUAGAUAGGCGACUGGUUUUACAUGGCAAACUAAAACUGUAAACACUGUCUUUGGCCAAGCAAAAAGCAGUAAAUGAUAUUGAUCAAAUUUCCCUAAUUAUCAAUGAUUGUGUGAUAAUUUGAUUUAAAAUUAAUUAUCAGUUUUAUUUUGCAGUUUCAAUAGAAUCUGGUUCUAAAUCUCUUCAUUCUGUGAAACAAAAAAGUGCUGAGUACUUAUCUACAGCACAAAGAAAGGGCAGCUUCAAAACUACAGAAUCAAAAGCAGCUGACAGUCUGGAUCAGAAGGGGAAAAGGCUCUCUAAUAGGAGCUUAGGAUCAUCAAAUAAUACAGUGGCAAAACAACUAGAAACUAGAACAAGAACAAGCACCAAUGAUGACAACAACUAUCUGAGUGAGAAGUUCUCUGGUUUGCGGAUUGUUAAUCCACUUAUUUCGUCAGUAGUAAUGGAGAAAAGAAUGGAAGGCAGGAAGAUGGUGAAAAUAUCACAGAUUCCAACAAAAAUUAAAGGGAAUAAUGAUAUUGAUGGGGAUUGGGUAACAAUUGGUGUCUUGGUUCAGAAGCUUCCACCGAAGACAAGCUCAAAUGUAAGAAUCACUAAUUUUAUCUCUUGGCCUGCUGUGUAAUGGUUAAGGGCAGGUGGGUCAUGUGCAAAGGCACCUGCUGUUCAACUCUUGGCAGAAACUAUCAACCAACACUUUGUCAAGUAUGACAGUUGAUGCUAUUUACAGACACCACAGCUGUAGUGCCUUAUACUGACCUACAGUAAGUGACGAAGAAAGCAUUUCAUUGAUGGUCAGUCAACACUCAACCAACUAUUGACGUAGUGUCAGCUGAUGUCUGAGCUGACUUGCGGCUGAUAUGUUAACUGAGUGCUGCCUGGGAUUAGGUUGGCAGGUGCCUACAGUAUAUAGUACACAUGAUCCAACUAGGUUUAUGCUUAGAAGAGAAUAAUACAGAUUCAUGAUGCAACCCAAAUGGUUUGGCAAAAAUAGAUUCAUCUUGCUGUUUAAACUGUCAUUCAUGAAAACCCAAAAUACACAACAUCCCAAUAGGCCACUUCCAAGUUCCAAAAACCUUCACUUUCAAAAUGAGGCCAAGUGCACAACCUGUCUUGUUAAAAUUGAGUUUUAUUAGCAUGAGAAUGAAAAAUCAUUUUCAUACAAAAGGCUGAGCAUUUAACCACGUUUUGAUACAGAGGCCAGAGGAAACACAGAAAUGGCCUAUUAAUUUUUGUCUUGUGAGUUCAGUGAUUUUGAGUCUGGAAUCUAAGGUAUGACCUUUUUGGCCAAGUGAAUCAAUAUCACCUCAAUCAACUGGUUUUAUGACUAGUGAUUUAAAGAGUUUAGGUCAAGCACUGUCAUCUAGUUUCUUCUUCUGUCUUGUACCUUAAACGUGCAUCAUUUGAGACAGUAAUGUUCAGAGGCCUGAUCCACCCUCUUGUAACUUGUCAAAAUUAGGGCUGCAACAAUGCAUUUUCUCACGAUACAACACACAUCUUGAUACAGGUGCUACGAUAUGAUACAUGAUACGAUUCAUCAUUACAUACUGCUGCCUAUUGACGUGAUCUUACUAAACUGCUUUGAAAUCAUAUAUUUCCAUUUUUAACAAAGCAUGGAAAUAAAUAACCCACUGGCAAUUUAUGCAUGUGUUUGUGCCACCAUCUUGAAAAAUACUUGUUGGACUGGAAGCAUGUGAAGCUUUAUAAAGCAAGGAUGGAACUUUCUUAUCCCUUUGUUUAAUAAAUAGAUAUAAAAGGGCUUGGAUUUGAGUAAGGAGUCAUUAGAGACAGUUAUUUCUGAAUGUUGAUGAAGAAUCAUAAUAUCAUAAUAUUGCGAUACAUUUUGUAUGUUGUUCAAAUAUCGAUGGUCGUAUCGUGGCAAAAAAUGUCCGGUUCACUUGUGCACCGGUGUCUCAUUGCAUUACUAGUCAAUAUUAUACUUUACUCCUACUCUGGUUUAUAAUUGCUUUUAUAAUAAUGGUAGAUCCUUGUUUUCAGGGUAAAACAUAUGGCAUUUGGAAACUUUCAGACUUAGGAGCAAAUACCACUAAUGAAUUUGUUGCGCUGUUUCUGUUUGGAGAUGUUUACAAGGAACACUGGAAGACAACUGAAGGAAGUGUUGUGGCUCUUCUCAAUGCAUCUAUUCUUCCUGCCAAAGAGGUUAGUAACUGGACACAUACAUUUAAUAGACCAGGUUCAAUGAUCAAAAUUCACUCUUGGCUCCAAGGCUGGGGUGUAUAAAGCAAAAGAUAUGGCUUUGAGAUCUUUCCUCAGCCAGGGAGCCAAGAAUGAAUUUUGAUAAUUUGAAACUGGCCUAUUUGUCUUUUUUGUUUUUUUGCAGAAAAAUUCACAUGAUCUUGCUCUCACCCUGGACAAUGCCAAAAAGCUCAUGAUGAUGGGAAUAUCCAAAGAUCUCGGAAAAUGUAAAGAUGUCAGAAGGUCAGAUAAUCGCCCUUGUGGAAACUUUGUUAACAGGUACAAGUUGAGUUUUACUCCAGUUAAUAAAAUAAUUAUGGGUCAGUAGUUCAGAGCUAAAUCUAUAAAGGUUGCUUUUGCAAUUUGUCAUUGGGAAUUUGGCUUUGGGCAUUUGGCAUAUGGAACUCACUGCAAUGAUUUGCUUGAGUGACCACCAAACGAUAACUUCAGUAAAAGUGGUCAAUACAGGAUUUAAAGCGUUUAGAAAUUUGGUUGCUUUGAAGACCUAAGUAAGUUAACAGGAUAAUAAUAUCUGUCUUAAGAACCAUGGGGACAGGGCUGUCUUGCUUCUUCAGUUUCUGUCUAGCUCAUCAUUGAUGUGGAAGUUGAUUAUACCUUGGGGGUAACCAUUUUGAAGAAGUUUUCUUAGGUCAUCCAGGGCAGAUUUGGAGCAAAAUUUGACUUAUCGUUGCUGCAAAAUUUGCUCCUCCUCUUCUUUGUUGUUGGCCAACAAUGUUGCGUCUGUUUGUUUGGGGCUUUAGGCUGCAGAGCCUUAUAUCUCCUUACAGCUGUCUUUGACUCAGAGAGUGAGAGAGUUUAACUGCAAGUUAUCCCACAAAUUUUAAAACACCUACUUUUUACUAAUUUUCGUCAGGCAACAUGGUGAGUUCUGUGAAUAUCAUAUCCAAGCAGCGUAUAAGAAGAUGCAGUCUCAGAGAAUGGAGUGUCAAGCAGGGUAAGGUGUAUUGAGUGUGUGAAAGUUAGUUCAUGUAUUUUGUGUUGACAUAAUCAGCAUUAUCAUGAGCCUGUGAGAUACUUGUAAAACCUGAGGGGAAGCAACUCAAUAGCACUACAGUGUAUGACUCAGAUGGGCAAAUAAAAAAGCUAUUGUAUCAGCAUUUAUGCAGCUGCAUUUUACCUUUUUUGUUUUUGUGCCAACAUAAAAAGAAAGAAAAAGAAAACAAUGGAUGCCAUUGUUGCUUUAAAAAAAAAUCACAAUAUUUUAUGAAAAAAUUUGGCCAUUUUUGAACAAAUUUUUUGGCCAUCAAAAUUCUCUUGAAACAUAGCUUUAAACAGCAUGCAAACAAAAUCAUGUCCAGUAGCCCCUGGCUGAGGCUAGUGGAUUUUGCUCUAAGGCUGGUGAAUUCUGUUAUUCACUUUCUUAACUUGCACGAUGGGCUAGUGAAUUUUCUGGAGAAUUCAAAUCACAGAAGAACUGUAUUCAGAGCUCUUCAAAAAUUUUCUCUGCCCAGGCUUUAGGUGUAUGUACUUGAAAUGACUUUUGGGCUAUUACAUUCUGUCUACACUGUACAUGUGCAACUUGCCCAGAUGGCAAGCUGUAAAACUGACUUUUUUGCACCCUGUUUAAAUAAAAUUUGUUUCUUUUUUCCAGGUAUGCCCCAUCAGCCAAAGCUCCACUGAUGAAGAAAUUCCAGAAGGAUCUGAACAAUUCCACCUUCAUGUACCAGGGACGGACAGUUACUGCAUCAAAUCACACCACUGAUCAUAAGAAGAAGAACGUCACUCUUAAAAGCCUUGGUAUUGGAAACAAGAGUGUAGCUGAAUUGAAUGCUAAAAGUACAUGUACACAUAUGUAUCUUUUCUGUAUUCAGUUGAACGUCCAUGAAGCAGCCAGCCUCUGUAACCUCUGGCCAGUAAUUAAAGUUGUACAUUGUAUUGUGUUACGAACCACUAUUGAAUGGCCAACCUUCAUUAAAUGGCCACUUGCCGGUACCCUGAGGUUAGCUGCUUUACGAAGGUUCUACCGAAUCAUCUGUAGCUGAUAAUUUUGAUAGACUUACAAGAGGACAAAAGAUACUGCUACCAAGUAUCAUUGAAGUGCACAACGUACAUUUCUUGCAGACACUGAUACAAUGCAGACACCUUGUUCGGUUUCAGUUCUGCCACAUGCACAGUGAAAUGUACUCUUCCAUAACAAGCAAACAGUGGCAAACAACUAGUUUUAACAUAAGAUGUAGCCAACAAAAAAUGAAAAAAUAUUGGGAGAGCUAGUAUAGUUACAAAUUCAGUUUCUUGGGAUGUCAUGACAGGUUUUGCCUGGAUACACCUCCCUAUUGUACAUGUAUAGACAGUUCUCAAUCUUUACACUAUACCACUAUACUAUGGGCACCUCAGUCUGUAAUGCAUACAUGUAAACAGUUCUGAUCAACCAUAUUUUUCCAUAUUUUUAGUAGGUUAGAUAGUGCUAGGUAUAUACUCAAACCGUCUUCAUUUGUAUCUGCUAUUGCUUGAUCCUGUUAUGAGAUAGUGAAAAGCUUGUCUUUUGACCAUCUUACCUUUGGCUGGAAUGGUGAAGAUUUUUUUUUAUUAAUGUUUGUUUGUUUUUUUACUAAAAUGCAUGUUGUACCGCUGUAUCCUUGUUUUGUAAAUUUUGCAGCUGAUUCAAGUGAUAAACUAGCAAACAAGAACGUUGCAGAACCUUCAGAAUACCUGUAAGUACUGCUUCCAUGUAUACCACUAUAAAUGGCACAAAAUCAUUCUAGCUAUCAUAAAAUAGGGCAGUUUUUUUAAGGGAAGGGGGGUGGGUGGAUAGGAGAAUUUUGAAUGUUGUUGUAUUUCUUUUGUUUACCUUGAUGGUAAUUAUUCAAUUAAUUUUUGGGUAUCUCUUUUUACUAGUGUCCAACUGCUGAAUAUGCCAACUGCUGGCUCUAGAAAUCUUGUAAAACAUUUAAACCAGGAUGAGGAGCAAAGUAAGUGUUUUUCAACAUCAAUUUUUCGGUCUUUUUUGGUUCCUUUUCUUUUUUUUGUUUUUUUUACCACAGGUUUUAACUGAUAAGAUGGUUUAAACUCGUUACCCUGUAUCAAACAACAAUUGGAUGAAGUUUUUGUAAUAUCGGGAAUGGUUGAGGUUGAGCUAAAGCUAAGUGUUUGUCCUCAGCUGAUAACACUUACCAAGGCAUAAACUAUUUCAGAUAUCAGAAAAACAAAUCCAAUAAUUGCUUUAUAACCUAGGUUGAUUCUCAAUUUCCUUUGUCUCCUAGCCCUGACUAUUCAUGAAUUAGGGCCAGGAGACACAGGAAAUUGAGAAUCAACCCAGGUUAAAAAAUUUUAACCUGAAUUUAAUUUUGACCUGUAACAUACAACUAUUUCGAGAAAGGUUGUUGGAAAAACUGGGCACGCGACAAUCCCGAAAGGUAAUAUGGGAUAUGAUCAAUGCACUUUUCCUGACACUGUAGCGGUGGAAUCUACUUUUGUUGCUUUCCUUUAGCACUCGCAAACAUACGUCCAUGGCUUCUCAUGCCAUUCUUUGAAAUUUCUUUGAAAAACAGUGAACUCAAAAUCACCCACAAUACCUUUCGGGAUUGUCAGGUGCACUUUUUCCGACAACCUUUCUUGAAAUAGCUGUAUACACAUACACACAAAUCAUCUAAUGCGCACGCAACCUACAAAUUGGCCAGUUAUCUGCUAGCAGAUGACUAUUCAGUGAAGUUGUCAGGGCUGUACUGCACACAGUAUCGUUUACUUGUAUGUAUUAUGUCCGUGUUAUUAAAUAAUCUUAUCCUUCAAUUCUGAAUAUGCAUUUUUUUUGGAGGAAAAAAAAGGCCUGUGGUAACCGUUUACUAUCUGAUUAACAUCCGUUUACAAUCCAUGCUUUUUUGUUUGUUUGUUUGCUGCUUUUUGUUUGCCCGUUGAAGGGAGAACCGUUAAAGCAAACAGGAAAAACCGGCGGAAAUUCCGGCUGUAAAAUCAAAUGGUUCACGUCAUUUCGUUUGGGAAGCUUUAGUAAAUAUAGGCCGUGUUUUGAGGCGGUGCAUUUUUUUUUUUCACUCUUUUUCAGUUCAGCUGAUUUGGGUAUACUCCGUAGUAGAUCGUUUAGCCUACCCAUCAAAUUUCAUAGGUUUUCGUUUAGCACAAGAUUUCCACUAGGAUGGUUUGCGUAAAUGGUAAGUACGCCUACUAUUUUUCCUCUAUUUUCAGAGAAGCCAGAGGAGGAAAAGCAACCUCUAAUGUCUGCCUCAGACUUGCUUAAGGCACAUGAAAGCGACCUUAAACGAAAUAAAAUGCCUCCAUCUACGACCUCAACAGUCACUUCCACUCCAAACAAUAAACAAGACACUCCUUUUCUUGGGCGUGGCUUGGCACGUGGUUCCGAUAUCUUCUUUGAUGAAUCGCCAAACGUCAGGAAACGAAAGUCAAGUGACUUUGAUAAAGCAAAGGUAUUUCUAGUGUCCCUAGUCGCCAUCGCUAGUAGUGUCCGAUAUUUAAAUGGUUAUGAAAUCCAGGAGUGUUUUAAACGUACCCUUCGAGGGUUUAACCGAUAAUACUGUAGUCACCUCGAAAAGCCUGCUCCUCUGCAGAGGCUCUCGCUGGGUAUCCCAAUAAAAUUAGCAAUACUGUAAUCGAAAUAUAUAAAGCGCGCGGGGGACAAUGGGAAGAGGGAAAAGGCUGAAGUCUCUCUUCUUCCCUUUCAUCUUCCCAUCGUGCGCCGCGCGCUUUCUGUUUCCCUCUCCCCAGUCUCCAUACGAUACAAAAGGGAGCUUAAGGAACAAAGACGGCGAGGGUUACGAAAACGUCACUUAAAAGUGAACUCGCCCUGCUUCAAACUUAAUUACGCUAAUUCCAUCUCGUUCAAUUCGUCAAAUUUUUCUGGAGUUGAAUUCUAAGACUGUAUUGAAGUUCAGGAAAAGUAAAAGAAAGUAGUUCUCGUGUGUUCAUGUCCUCGACAAAACGUAAAAUUAGACAUUUUCACGUCGUAGCCGUGCAGUAACGGCCAAGAAAUUGACAAAAAGCGUGAUGCACGAGCAAAGUUGCUGUUUUGCUAGUCUAAAUUUAUUGCUUUUUUGCCGUUCUCGUUGCCGCCCCCGUUCUCGUUGCUUAAGCUCUCUAAAGUGGCCUCUGUGGAGGAGAGAGGUCAAACCUUCAUAUGUCACAACCUUUAUUAUUUCCCAUAGUUCUUACUUUAGCAAGCGACCACUUGUCUCACGUUCUGAGGGACGAAGGAAAAAUAGCGUCUUUAAAGUGACAACAUGGAACUACACAUAUCGUAGCUUAGAAUUGCAUACAAUAAGUUGUCCUCCAAAACGAUGUUAUGUCGGGACCUCUGUUCAGAAAGUUUCCUCAUGGUUUGAUUCUUAUAAUCGAUCACGUGCCGUAAGUGACCACCCAAAAUGCGAAGAUUUGUAGUGGUCGUUUACAGAAGAUGCGACUGUAUACAGAAAUGUACUCUGUCAUUCCGGUUGGAAUGGAAAAAGAGGGUGACUGGGUCGUAGGACUUUCAUCUUCUCCGGAAACCAUUUUACUGAGAUGAACAGUGCCACUGGAGGUUUUAACUGUAAAUCUGGCUUUUCCAUGUAAAUUAAAAUGCUCAAGCUCACAGUGAAAUGGUAACAAAUUACUCUGCGAGCAGAGGUUUUUCCCUUGCAUAAAAACAAACCAACUACGCGAUUGACAAGCGACUCGAAAUACUUCGUCGUAAACGCUUAAAGCCAAAUCUAUCCCCGUAAAAUUUUAAUAUUUUGGAGAAAGGAACUUUACUUUUCUUUGAAGAUUUAUGUGGUAUUUUUCUUAUUGACUUUUCCCUUUUCACUUUUUAGUCUCGGGCCUUGUCACUUGUGAAGCUAAAAGGACCAAUAGAGAAAGAGGAUCCAAAUGCUCUGAGAAAAAAGUUAUCACCAAAGGCAUUAGAACAGAUUGAAAAAAGGGCGUCCGAGGACAGCGGGAAAGGUAACGUAAUCACUGAAUUUGGUGACAAAACAGUUAAAGAGGAUCAGCCUCUUUACAUGUAAUGGUAAUAACUGUACCUCAUCGACUCAGUCGAUGAAACCGGUAAAGAUACAUGAAAAAAAGGUAUAGGAGCCCUGAAGCCAAAGGCUCAAACGGCCGGAGCUUUUCCCGAAGCAUGCCUAGGAGUAUUGCUACUCCCCCGUGGACGGGAUGCUAGUGCAUCACGGGGUUAUCCUCCAGCAGUAUGUCGCCGGUACCCAUUUAUACACCUGGGUGAAAAGAGACAAAGUGGAGUAAAAUUCCUUGUCUAAGGAAAUAACGCGACGGGCGAGGCUUGAACCCCAGACCUCCAGAUCCUCAGUUCGAGGUGUUAACAGCUCGUACAUACACCACUUCACUCGAGUUGCUGUUAGUAUUAAUUCUCCACCAAAUCAGAAAUACAGCUUCUCUAGAAAUUAAACUAUUCGUCCCGUAACUCUUUGCCUCCCAGACCGAGUUAUGGUGAGGCGAUUCAUCAUUUCUAACUUUUGAAUCUAUGGACGAAACCCUAUGGUGUCACCAUUCAUCAAAUGAAACCUCUUUAGCAGAACUUUAGCAUCGUACCAUUUGAUUUUUAUGAUUGAGAGUUAAUGGCAGGGGCAGAUCUUCAGGGAAGGGAAGGUAGUUCCUUGAGCGCCUGUACCCCAGAUCCACUCCCCUCAAUUCUAAAACCCUUUUAAUCCGUUCAAAUACGAACUUUGUAUAAGGUUUGUAUAACAGUUUAGUUAUUCUCUUCCUCUUGUUCUUCUUUUUUUUUGCCCUCAGAAAAUGACGAAGAAAAUGGAAGUGAAGAUUCUAGAACGAAAAGAAGGCGAAUUUUAGGACCGGAAUUUGGCUCAAUAGACCUAAAUUCCGAGGAGGGAAAAAAGUUACUUGCAGCGAAAUCGCGACAUGUUGGAGCUGUGUUGGAGGUGAGGAAUGAAGAGGGGCUCAUAUCUUUUUCAAGAUAUUUUGAAAGAGAGAAGCCACGAGUAAAGAUGCAUUAUUGGCAACUUUAACCCAAUGAACAACAGAAAAAAUGUGACGUAGCCCCCUUAAGUAAAUCGUGCGCUUCUUUAUUUAUUUUUUUUUUUUUCGUUUUGAUACGCUGCGUACUCUUCCUGGUAGAAAAACCUCAACGGUUACUGAAUCUAUUUGCAUUAGUUGUUCAUUUUAUUUACAAGUUUCGCUUUUUAGGCCGAAAAUGAACGAGAGGAGAAAUACUUCAACGAACUGGAGAAAAAGGAACAACUGGAGGACAAAAUGAAGACAAUCACCGAGAUUAAAGUAAACGUGGUCAGUUGUAAACAGGUAACGACUUUGGUCUUUGCUGUUUAUUCUGAGGCACUUACAAUGGGCCAUUUUACAGUUGUGUGCUCGGUGCCCUGGUCUUUGAAUAGAAGCGAGGCCGGCGGUGACCUUGUCUUCUUACAAACCCUCCUGCUUUUCACGUGCAAAUCGUGGUAUUCUCAUGCUAACAAACCAGUGAACAUGAUCAUUUACAUAUGAAAAACAAGAGGGUUUGUAACAAACCAAGGUCACCGCCAGCCUUGCUUCUAUGCAAAGGCCAGGGCGCUGAGCACACAACUGUAAAAUAGCGUAUAGAGUGUUUUCACUCACGUGGCCAGCAUCUAUGCAAAAUUUUUGGAACAAGAGAAAGCAUUUGCAUAAGAAAAGAGUUCAACUCCCAUAGCACUGGUUUGGGACACCAACAUGGCCGCCGUUUCAUUGUUUUGGGACACCAACAUGGCGCAACGCACCUCAACAGGAAGUGAGGCCUUUUGGCUUUUAGUAGAGUUUAAUGCUUCCAAAUUUGUUUGCUUAGUUCCUUUCCUCUUAUAGAGACGAUUUGUCCAAAAAUUAGGACAAAACCACCCCCAAGGGUGCAGAAACUCCACUUCCUGUAUCAUAUUCCAUAUCUCACGGUGGUGGAGAUGGACUACAGGUUUUCUCAACCGUGACCGAACUCCUUCAACACAGUUCAUACUCCAGUAGACCGUUUUCACAUGACGUCACCUUCGCCAUGUUGGUGUCCCAGACCUACCCUGUGGGAUUUAAACCUUUUUCUUGAGCAAACACUUUCCUUUAUUGAAAUAAAUUUGUGUAGCUGAUGGCCACGCGAGUGAAAACGCUCUAUACAAUAAAGGCAGUUUCCAUCUGCCGUAAGUAAGUGUCGGGGUGUGUUAGACGUUUAGUCUCUUUGUAGAUUUCUUUCCCCGCUAUAAUGGCUGUGAUUUUCACUACUGAAAUCGUUUCCUCGGCUAGAUUUGGGUGACUCUGAGCUCAACGAGGAAAUUGAACCACUUUCUCAUGAAUGGGUUGAACCACCUUCCCUUCACUCUCCAUUUGCUACUUGCUCUGACUGGCGCGAUUGAUAAAUCAGAAAAAGCCUGCAAGACUUAUACUCUGUGAGAUACAGGCGCUGGGGAACGGGGCCUGGUGAAGGGAAUAUGAAAAUACGCUCAAUUUGGUUAACAUUGCUAUAGUACUCCUACAAUUGUUCCUUUACAUUUCCAGGUUUUUGGUUGCUUCCCCUAUGGCAUAAGUUAGACUUACUCUUUAUCUUAUCUUGCAGUGUAAUUACGUAGCCGAAAGUGCCGGCCAACGCUGCUAUAAAGAAAGUCACACAUUAAAGCAUUUCAAAACGCUGAAGAAGUUCUUUGCUUGUAAGGAGUGUAAACAGCGAACAAUCGCCUACGGAAAACCCCUUCCUAAGGACCCUUGCAAGUAAGUUAAAAGCCGAGGAUAAAUUAACUUUGUUACGUAUGGUCUUUCAUAUAUCUUAUGAAGACUGGCGGCAUUUUGGUUCGUACUCCUUUGUAGAUAAUUCUUUGACACUUGCUUUGCAUCACAAAUCAGUUUAUGCUCUAGAAUGCAGUGUUCCUCAACCCCUUAGUUACUAGUUAGUCAGUAACUACCCUAGUGGAUUCAUGAGUAAGGGUGGAUUUCCACUUUUGCGUCAUUUUUACGUGUGCAAAGAAAAUAUAGGCGAUGUAUGAUUUGUGUUGUUCAACUUUUACGUUUACGCGCGACCUCUCAUACAUUCCCUCUAUUUUAUUUACGUGCGUACGCACGUAAAAAUUACGCGACAGUGGAAAUCCACUUUGAGUUAGCUUGCGUAGCCAGCGGGAUCAUUAGCGCUAGCGGAGUUUCGGAAGAGAACUGUGAAGCCUUUCGGAGAAUGUGGAGCAUACGUUUUGAAAGCUUUUCGCGCCAUGGCGGCUUCGUCGGCAAAAGUCUCAGACGCGCAAAACAAUUCCGCCAGCUACGCGUGAGAGACUAGGAAAGUGAUCUUACUUUGAAAAGUUGUGAUGUCAAUGGUAACUGAAAGUGUUUUUGCUAAAGAACUGGGGGCAUUGAAUUUUAAAUUUGACCGAGGCAACCGCCCCGGCUGCAGAACUAUGCCCUAAGACCACAAACAAAAUACCGUAAAAUUCCGAAAAUAAGCCCCUCCAUGUAUCAGCCCCUCCAAAUAUAAACCCCCCAAAAUCGUAACGCAAAAAACCCUCCGUUAAAUCGCCCUCCGAAUAUAAGCCCCCCGGGGGGCUUGUACUUGGAAUUUGCCAUCGAAUACAAAGUAAACUAAGAAAACAUGGUAAAUUUCCUUCCCAGUACAAGCUACCUUAAUCGAUUUUGAAACGCAAAUUGCUCUCCCUACAUAAGCCCCUCCGAAUAUAAGCCCCCCGGGGGGCUUGUACUUGGAAUUUGCCAUCGAAUACAAAGUAAACAAAGCAAACAUGGUAAAUUUCCUUCCCACUACAAGCUACCUUAAUCGAUUUUGAAACGCAAAUUUCCCUCCGUACAUAAGCCCCUCCGAAUAUAAGCCCCUCCAAAAUAAGCACCUCAAAAAGGGCCUUUGAAAAAUAUAAGCCCCGCGGCUUAUUUACGGAAUUUUACGGUACGAGCAGCAGCAGCGUCACUACGGAAACACCAGAAUUACAAGAUUAAGAGAUCUACGGCACUUGUGGACCCGAUAUAAUGAUCUCGUAACAACUGACAUAAUCUUAGCAGUUUUUAGACCACUGUUAGUGACCACGCCUAUGGUUUAAAACCAACCCUGCUACUCCGUGGUACGGUGCCUUGUCAGUAUAGCUAAACAGUCCAAAGCGCAAAUUCACAGCAGGCUCGCGUUAAGGCAGCAGUUAUAAGAGCAAACAAAUGCGCGAGAGCCUUAACUUGUUUUAAAGCAGGUUUUACCUGUUCAAAGUUAAUUAAUUCGUCCAUAUCGCUGGACGGCGGUGCCUAUUUCCCUUUCGUAAACGGUCGUUGCUAUUUUUUAGCAAUCGACACCACCAUUAGUAACCAAGCCUUUAGUCUUAAUAGAUGUCAGGUUGAAAAUUUUCUAAGUGCCUUAAAAUGACAGCAACGAAAGAGACAACUGCGACGGCAGCUUCAUCAACUGAGCAAAAGGUCGCUCGCAGUGGUUUCUCUCCGUUAGUAACGUAGCGUCCGGCCUGGAGAAACCGGAGAAACCCUCUCAGGAUAUGAAAACCACGAACUCCUUGAACGCUCCUGACGGAUGAACCCCAUCGUAUUGAAGAAAGUCAAGAGAAAGCAAGGAUAUGAAAAGCUUAUCAGUAUUUCCAUCCUUAUUACAUCUGUUUCGCUUAUUUUAACAGAAACUGUGGCGCGUCAAAUUAUCAGAAAUCCUCGAUGUACAAGGUAAUAUUUCACCUUCUAAUCUUCACUUACGGUAUAUAAGUAUUACAAAUAAAAUUCUAAGAAGUCAACUCCACAAAUCUCAGCCCUUCUUUGUAGGUCAAAGUAUAUAAAAAGUUUUCUUUGUACUCCUAUGAAAUUGCAUUCGUUGAUUGUAUAUUAAAUAAAAACGCAUCAACGUUCUCAACAAAUUGCAGAAACAUGUCUAAAAGAUGACAAAAAUUAUUUUCACUCGGUGUAGCGGUCGCGCGAUGUUCACGAUGCCCACCCUCUUACAACGCAGGCGCAUAAGGAUUGAUGGAAGAAAAAGACACGUGGAUUAUUUUUUUCUUUCAUUAUUUCACAUCUUUUUUUAUCAUUGCUGUGGUUUUUUGUUGGUGGUUUUGUUUCUAGCUGUUUUUGUUUUUGUUUGUUUUCUUGAUCUUGGCCAACUUUGCUAAACAAUUGACCCUUCUGGCUAAUAUGCAGCAGUGUGACUCACUGAGGAGUUCAAUAACUGAAAUUUUCUUUCUUGUUUUGUAGGAAAAAGAAGGCCCAAAAAUUGGAGGUGAAACCUUACUCGUCAGGGGAGUAGAGCAUCCAAAAUUCCUAAACAGUUUAAAUUAA